CAGCACCUGGCCACAUUAAUCCGGCUACAAAAUAUUUUAUUAUUGUUAGUUUAUCCUUUUUCCAAUAAUGUCGCGUAGUAAAAUAUGGAAGUACUACGACAAGUUGGACCGAAAUUCUGCCCUCUGUCAGCUGUGCGAGAAGAUCAUCAAGACGUGCGGCAACACGUCCAACCUGAUGAAGCACAUGAAGACCCAUCCGCUAGUAGAUCUCUUCGACGACGAUACGGCGGUAGUGCGAGGCAUUUACAAGCGACGCGUGCAGGAAGACCACAAGCGGAGGAUGAGAAAGUCGCUGCCCUACAAGGAGGAAAGCUCCGAUUUCCACAGCGAACUGCUGUUCAAGGCGACCAGGGAGGCGGGCGAUAUCAUUGAAGUGGAGGCUCAUGGACUGGCCAAACCCGCUCUGGAGCAGCACAUCUCCGUGCAGAGCGUCGAUUAUGCUUGGGUCACUCCGGAGGCAGCAGUUGCUGGAACAGAAACCGUCAGCGCCGAGGACAUCAUCGAAUUUGAGCCGAAGGAAGAGUCCGACGAGCCAGAUAGAACUUCAAUCCACCAGGAGCAUGCUGUACGAAUGCCCGAAGCUGACAACUUAAACUUGGAAGCACCCGUGCCGAUCCUGCAUUCCUUCCAUCAGCACCUAGCCUUUUUCAUCUGCCGUGAUCGUCAGCCUCUGCAGGUUCUUCAGGGCGAGGGAUUCCAGCACCUGUUGAAGGUACUUUGUCCCACCUACAAGCCACCAAGUGUGGCUGAACUGGAGGGCAUCAUCUGCCGAGAGGCUGAACUCCAGAGGUCCAAGCUCCGGCGCCAGUUGGCCGCCACCCACUCGCUCAGCCUCAGUUGCUCCAUGCACACAAAAGUCGAGGGUCAAAGCUGGCUUGAACUGGUGGUCCACUUUCUGGAAGGACGGCAGCGAAUCUCACGAACGCUUUCUGUGCAGAGUCUUCAUGAUCCCUUAACAUCCAGCCAAGUAGUGGACCGCAUGGAGCGCGUGUGUCAGCGCUUCGACAUUUUAAAGUCCAAAAUCUCCUGCGUGACAACGCGGAGCAGUAGCCUACUGGAGGAAGCGGUGACCUCGUUUCUUGGCGCCCAACAUCAUGUGCCAUGCUUUGCCAACCACUUGAACACUGUCUUGGAUGUAGUGAUGAAGCGACCCGAGAUCAGUGGCUUGUGUGAGAAGGUGCGCCUGUAUGUGGAGUCCACCCUGGACUCUGGAAAUCACUACUCACAGUACAAGCUCCAGCUGGAUGCCAUUCAGCGACCCCUUACCACCUAUGAUAUGCUAGACCUGUAUCUGAAACAUGCGUCCGCUCAUUUGGAAGAGCCUCUUCCGCUUUCCCCUGCGGAGAUUGAUCUGUGCCAGCAGUUGCUGGAUUUGCUAAGACCCUUGACCAGCUCCAUGCGCGAGCUUAGUCGAAUGCAUUAUCCGGUGGCCAGCACAGCCCUGCCCAUUGCCCACACCCUGAUCAACGAACUGAAGCAGGAGAAGAGCGCGCAGCACCAAGUGAUCCAGGAGAUACGUAUGUUCAUGGUGCAGCAGAUGGAGGAGAACUUCGAGGGCUUAGAGAAGAACAUAGCCGUGGCCAUGGCCAGUCUGCUGGACCCGCGGUUCCGGAACAUUCCCUUCCAGACUGGGGCCCUGGUGGCCCAAUACAUGACGCAGCUGUACGACAUGAUGCAGGCGCAUGUGGAAAGCGGAGAGGCAGUUGUCGGCGAAGAUCCUGUGAGCCAUGACAACUUCGACGUGUGGGCGGCUUACAAAUCCUUCUCCCUCGAGAAGCAACGCCUUAUUAAUGGAAGUAAUGGCGCCGAUGCCGACGAUGAGAUAGCCACCUAUUUUUGCGCUGGUCUGAGCACCCUGCAGGCGGAACCCAUUCAGAUCUGGCAGGAGCUAUCGCCAGCUCAUCCCUUCUUGCACAACGUGGCACAAAGGUACCUUCACAUUCCAUCCACCGCAGAGCCGCCGACACGACUCUUCACUGGCGAAGGAGCUGCGGUGACGGAGCAUUUCGCCAAGCUGAACGCCAUGGAUGACGUCCUCUUCUUGGCAGAUGUUCCGAAAAAAGAUUGGAAUUUAUAGCACAGCCAAGUCCUAGUCAAUUCUCAGCAUAGUUGUAGCAUUUAUUGUUUCCCCUUUUUGGGGAAUUUUUUUUUAAUUUAAAAUUCUUUAUGAAGAACUAGUUUUUUGUCUUUACCUUUAAAUGAAAUUCUUGGAUUUUUAUUUUAAAGUUAUUUUCCAAAAGUAUAUUUGCUAUGGAUUAUGUACAUUGUAUUUACAUUCCCUUAGCUCUUUAAUAUAAUCUAACGACAAUUGAAAUUAAAA